AUGCCGGCCGAGAUUCAAAAUCUUCGGAGCGCUAAAGAAACAGUAAUGGAUUUUCAAUCGGAUCUGAACACCGAAACACCCCACUACACCUGCACUGGCCACCGGCAAUGGGUGAUGUGUGUAGCCUGGGCACCGGAUUCGCUGAAGGUCGCAUCAGCGUGUAAAGCCGGCGAGAUUCGUAUCUGGUGUCCGGACACGGGCAAGCAGCUUGGUCGGCCACUCGUGGGCCACAAGAAGUGGAUUAGCUGCCUGUCUUGGGAGCCGUACCAUCGGAAUGCGGAUUGUCGCUUCCUGGCAAGCGCGGGAAACGAUAAUGAUGCGCGGAUUUGGGACGUGGUGCUUGGCACCUGCGUACGUUUGAUCGCGGGUCACACGGCGUCUGUUACGGCUGUACGUUGGGGUGGUUCUGGACUGCUCUACACAUCCUCCCGUGACAGGACGAUCAAGAUGUGGCGUGCUGAGGAUGGUGUGCUGUGUAAGACGUUCACCGGACACGCUCAUUGGGUCAAUAACCUCGCCCUCAACACGGAUUACGUGCUUCGUACGGGCCCAUUCCAUCCGGUGAUGGACAAAAAUCUGAUGCAUUCCGGCAGCGACAAGGACACGUUGAAACGGAUGGCCCUCGAGCGGUACGAGAAGGUUUGCCCGGACGGGAUGGAGUCGUUUGUAUCUUGCUCGGAUGAUUUCACGCUGUAUUUGUGGCGUGCGAAUCAGAAGCAGUUUGUCACUCGAAUGACUGGCCACCAGAACGUGGUGAACGACGUGAAGUAUUCCCCAGAUGUAUCGCUUGUGGCAUCCGCUUCAUUCGACAAAUCGAUCCGGCUUUGGCGUGCCAGCGAUGGUGCUUUUAUUUGCGCUUUGCGUGGCCACGUGCAGGCGGUGUAUACGGUGGCCUGGUCAGCGGACUCGCGAUUGGUACUGAGUGGCAGCAAGGAUUCCACGUUAAAGGUUUGGAGCGUAAAGGAACGCAAACUCGCUCAAGAGCUGCCUGGCCAUGCGGACGAGGUGUAUGGCGUCGAUUGGGCCCCAGACGGGUCACGUGUUGCCUCAGGUGGCAAGGACAAGGUGUUGAAAUUAUGGGCAUACUAAGCCAAGAAGGAGUGAGUAAGAUUCCUCUCUCGGGUGAACGCGUUACGCCAACUCGAAAUUAAAAGAUUUAUUUCCACAC